UUGUGCAUUAACGGAGAGAAUGAUGUUCUUUGCAUGCAUGACGAGCCGCCAUUUCUGUUUAGAGGCAUUUUGACUGGCAGUGACAAAAAGCCCUCCCAGAUUGGCAUAAGUGUGGACAUUGUUUACGUUUAGGAUUUGUUUAUUAUCCAAACAAAGGCAUUGUAGGAAUUAGUGCUAAGUGUUUUAAUGACUUAACAUAGACAUAAAUGGAUUAUUAAGGUCGAAUAAAACCUACUGUGAAAUAAUGGACGACCAGCAAAGGAUGAUGCAUAACCAGGGACAAAUGGCGAACACUAAUGUGCUUCAACAGUAUGGGAUUCCUCAACAGGGAGACGAUCCCUCGGACCAGAGAAAGCAAGAAAUUGGUGAUAUUCUUCAACAGAUAAUGACAAUAACAGACCAAAGCCUUGACGAAGCACAAGCAAGGUGCCGGAAACACACAUUGAACUGUCACAGAAUGAAACCUGCAUUAUUUAGUGUAUUAUGUGAAAUCAAAGAAAAAACAGUUCUCAGUAUUAGAAAUUCACAAGAAGAAGAACCACCAGAUCCACAGUUGAUGAGAUUAGAUAACAUGUUAAUAGCUGAAGGAGUAGCCGGUCCAGAGAAAGGUGGUGGCUCCUCAGCAGCCGCCAAUGCCACAGCAGCUGCCUCUGGUGGCCAGCCAGAUAGUGCUAUUGAACACUCAGACUAUAGAGCCAAACUGGCACAGAUCCGUCAAAUUUAUCAUACAGAACUAGACAAAUAUGAACAAGAUGGAUCAGAAAUCAAAAAUUCAGACUAUGAAGCGAAACUAGCACAGAUUCGGCAGGUCUACCAAACAGAAUAUGGAAAAUAUGAACAGGCCUGUAAUGAAUUUACUACGCAUGUUGUCAACCUGUUAAGGGAACAAAGUCGAACAAGACCAAUAGCUCCAAAAGAAAUAGAGAGAAUGGUUGGAAUAAUUCGUAAGAAAUUUGCUGCUAUAGAAAUGCAGUUGAAACAGAGUACAUGUGAAGCUGUAAUGAUUUUAAGGUCCAGAUUUUUAGAUGCCAGACGAAAGAGAAGAAAUUUUAGCAAACAAGCAACAGAAGUGCUAAAUGAAUAUUUUUAUUCUCAUUUGAGUAAUCCUUACCCUAGUGAGGAGGCCAAAGAAGAAUUGGCUCGCAAAUGUCAGAUAACAGUAUCUCAGGUCUCAAAUUGGUUUGGUAAUAAAAGAAUUAGAUACAAGAAAAAUAUAGGAAAAGCCCAAGAAGAGGCAAAUAUGUAUGCUGCAAAGACAGCUGCUGCUGCUGCAGCUAAUGUGGGUGGCCAUGAUGGUCAAGGUGCAGCAGGUUACAACCUUGGUUCAUCCCAGUCUGGUAUGGGUGGGGGAGGAGGAAUGUAUAUGAAUCUUAAUGGCGAUAAUUACCAAAGUAGUGACAACUCGGUGAAUACGUUACGGCAUGUCAUGCCUCAGUCGGCAGGCUACAGUAACGACAGCAUGCAUAAUUCCUACGACCAGCCACAGGUUUCACAGGCCUCCCACAGAAGUCACGCUGGUUCCCCUAUUGACCGUAAACCAGAUGACAGCAGUGAUAGCUUACAGGGAACAUUUAUGCAAAGUCUGGAUCCUGCAGAUCCUGGUUACUAUGAUCAGGUUGAUAAAAAUCCAAAAGUUUAGUCUACCAGACAUUGGAUCAUUCUGUGAAUUUAUAACAUCGUCAUUAAACCUUGGCUUUAAGCGUGAAUAAUGUAAAUGUACAUUAUGGUAUUGCAGAAUACUGUAUCAGUAAUAGUUGUACUUUAAUUACUGGCAAAAACAAACAAACCGAAAGACGGACUUCAUCACAAUUAACAUGUAAUACAUGCACUUUAUCAAAAGAGUAUAUUAGUCCUAAGAACAGAACCAAUGAGAUCUUUAAUUUCAACUUGACAUCUGAUAAUGGAAUCAUGUACAUGUUUUGAAUAGUUCUUAGCAUUGAAUGAUUCGUUAAUUGUGAACAAAGUCUUACAUUGUGUGGCAUUUUUUAGUAUACGACAGCAUUUUUAUUUAUCAUUUGUAUACAAUUUGCGCAUUUUCAAUUUUAAUAUAGGAUUCAUAGAAAAUCUUGUUUAAAGACUAAAUUAUUUUUUUACUGCAAUCAUGAAUAAUCUUUUAAAAUGUUUAAUGUUUUGUAAAAGGCUUUUAUGACAAAAGUGAAGUGUUAAAUUUCAUGGUUUGGUUCAUAUAUAUGGGUCAAUAUAAUACUUCCAUUGAUCAACUGAAUGAAGAAUUGCAUUAAUUACUUAUUCCGCUGUAGUGUGAUAAAAUAGAACAUUUGCAAAAAUUAUAUUUGCUGAGUACAUUUUCAUAUUGAGUUCAUGAUUAUGGUGGGUUUAUGUUGGGAAGAUAAAAGGUAAAUUGUAAUAGGUAUUUACCAAAGAAUUAAUUGAAUUCAAUAAUUUGACAAACUCAAAUAAGUUCCUUGAAUGAAUAAAAAACACUUUUGCCAGCUAUUUAUUCCAUGUUAAAAAAUUGUGAUUGAACCCAUGUUGUUAAGUAUGCUUUAAAUAAAUAUAAGGUUUAUCAGAUCAGCCAAAGAUCUUUAAAAUUGCACUAACUUAAAGAAUAUUUAAGAAAAGUUUCAAUAUAUAUAUAUAGUGAACAUUCCUUUAAGUGUGGUUUAUCAGCACAUUUUUUUUGUUGCUUAAUGCGAAAUAAUUUAUUUAAUUUUAAGACAUUAUUAUCAUAAUUCUGUAUAAUAAUGCCUUCUUAAAUUGUUUGAAAAUUCUGAAUGGAGAAAUUUUAUCUUUUUCUUGAUUUCCUUGAAUUUCAUAUGCAAUUUCUUUUUAAUGUUAUAUUAUUUAUUUUAUGCUUUAUGUGUUUCUAGUCUUGUUUAGAAUCAGUUUUUAUCUAGUCAUUGUGAAUCACUGCUGCUUAUAGAGUUAUUCCGUUAAAAAUCUAGGAAAAGUGUCAGUGACAUAAUUGAGGUUUUUUUUUCUCACUUUCCUGAUUAAUUCCCUUCAUCAUUGGUGUUCCAUAACUAUCUGAAUUUUGACGACUUAAUAAAACAUUUGAACCGAAAGUAACUGUUCAAAAUUUAAAAUCAAUUCUAAGGAUAGUUAUCCUGAAUAUAUCUACUAGAAAUAAAUAUAAGUUGGAGCCAUCUGAUUUUAAAUUUUAGGAUUAUAUUUGUGAUGACAUUUUAACAAAACAGGCUUCCCGUGAAUCUCUUAUAUUCAUGUGUAUCAAAUUGUAAAAUUUCAUUUGGUAAAUGGAAUAAAAUUAUUGUUAAUCAAAUAUGUAAAAUUAUAUACUGAUGCAAUAUUAUAUUAUUCUUGCCAGUGAA